AUGUGUAGUUAUUUGUUAUUAUGCAUUACAAUCACUAUUUCUUUCGUGAACGCUCAAAAACAAGAAGGCUAUAAACUCGAUCCACUAACGUCGUAUGUAAUUCUUGCACCGAAUCGCAUCAGAGCGAAUGAACUUGUACAAAUCAGUGUAUCCAUAUUUGAAUUACUCUAUGAACAGCUAACAAUACGAUUGGCCAUUAAAGUUAAUUCAACUGAAAUUAUAUCUAGUCGAGAAGUAUUUAAAUCUCCUGGGACGAGAAUUAUGCAAUUAAAAGUACCCAAUUAUGCUCGAACUGGGACGUACUGGUUACAUGUUGAAGGUUCUAUUGUAUCCAAUACUUCAAUUUUAUUUUCAAAUCUUACAAAACUAACAUUUUCUGAACAAUCUGAAUCAAUCUUUAUACAUGUUAGUAAACCAAUAUACCAUCAAAGUCAAAUAGUCAGAUUUCGUGUUAUCCCAAUGCUUCCAGACUUAACUCCUGCCUAUGGUUCUCUGGUUAGUAUUGAUGUACUUGAUGCAUCAGGGAAUUUAUUUAAACGAUGGUUAAAUCCAAUGACAAAUAUUGGAGGUAUAAUUGAAUUAGAUUUUCCAUUAUCCGAUCAAGUUCAUGAAGGUGUUUGGUUAAUACGUGCUAAUCAUGAAAGAUUUUCAGCUGAAAAAACAUUCCAAGUUAAAGAAUAUUGGCGACCUUUAUGGGAUGUAAAUGUAACUCUUCCACUUAGAAUAACCGAUAAUCAACUUGGCCUUUAUGGUUUAAUAUCUGCAAAUUAUACUAGUGGAAAAGCUGUUAAAGGCAAUGCUACCGUAUUAAUUCAACUAAGGAAAUCGGGAGCUGAUCGUUGGACUAACCCACCUCGAGCUGAAUUCAGACGUUACUUAUUAGCAUUAGAUGGUAUUGGAGAUUUUCUACUACCUAUGUCUGAAAUACGUCAAGCUAUAAGUAGUUCUACAACAGAUUCUUCUUUAGCUAAUACAGAAAUUUGGGUAAAUGUAACCUAUUUUAAUUGGUGGGAAAAAACUCAUCGAACUGGUUGGGCAUUUACAAAAGUAUAUUCUUCUAAUCCAUUAAUUAAAUUUCUUGGCGGUAUGGUUCGACCUUUUAAACCUAAUAUGUAUUUCACUGUUUACUUGGUUGUUUAUAUGGCAGAUGGUAGUAUGGUAAAAUAUAGUGGAAAUCGUAAAGUUACACUCUCAUUCUAUUGUCUUGAUAAUACUUUUGAAAAACAAAUCACUCUACCUAUAUCAGAUGAUGGUGUAAUACGUUAUACUUAUAGACCAACUGGAGAUGGUUGUAUCACUUAUAGAUUAGAAGCUAGGUACAUUGAUGAAACAGAUCGAAUUUUAUCAAAUGAUCAACAACGUUUAUUUGCUGUGAACUCUUAUUCCGGUGCAUAUUUACAGUUAUCAACAUCAACUUUUUCACCUAAAGUAAAUGAAUAUAUGGUUAUACAUGUACAAACUAAUUAUCCUACUGAUAAAAUACAUUAUGUGGUUGUUUCUAACGGAAAUAUUUUAGCAACUGAUCAAUUACGUAUGCCAAAUGCAGUUACAUCACGUACAUUUUCAAUUGCUGUAUCACGUUACAUGUUUCCAAUAUCACAUAUUGUGGCAUAUUUUAUUAAAGACAAUAGUGAAAUUGUAUCAGAUUCAUUGACAUUUUAUGCGAAUUAUACACAUUUGAAUAAUGUACAAAUGCAAGUUAAUCGUGGAAAAGAUUUAAAUCAAGAUACAUUAGAAAUCAGAGGUUAUGCUAAACCUGGAUCUUAUAUAGCAUUCAGCGUAAUGCAUGCUGAUUUGUACGCUAUUGGCGGUGCUUCAUUUCUACGAGAAUAUGAUAUUGUCGAUGAAUUAAUGACAUAUGAACAACAUAGUCAAGCACCAUUGGUUCAUACAUGGUAUGAAGAUUUUAAAGAUAUUAAACGUAUCUAUUUACCGACAUCCAGUAAUGGAGCAGAUACCAAUAGUACAAUGAAUUCAUCCGGUUUAAUUAUAUUCACUGAUGCUAAUUUCACUAAAGCGAAUUUUUAUCAUACAUGUAAUGAAACUGAGAACCCUGCACGUGCCUUACCAUGCUACUCUCUUACUGGUCGAGAUUGUUAUUCAAGAAGUGAACGAUGUGAUGGGAUCAAUCAAUGUGCUACUUGGAUUGAUGAAAUGGACUGUCCAGAAAAUGAAACUAAAAAUCCUCAACCAUUACGUCUAAUAAAUACAUUUGAUAUAUUAAAUCGUCAAUGGAAUGAUGGUGCUUGGUUAUGGCAUAGUACAUUUGUCAAAGCUGAUGGACAAAUUCAAUUUCGUGUUGAUCUACCAAAAAUGAAUGCUGACUGGGUAGCUGGUGCAUUUUCAGUUGACAGUGAAUUAGGUUUAGCUUUAAUGCAACAACCUUAUUUAUUUUCUGGUACAAGACGAUUUUAUAUGACAGUUGAACUACCUGAAGAAGCUGUAUGGGGUGAACAAAUUGGUGUUCGUGCUUGUCUUUUUAAUAAUUGGAACUAUUGGAUUGAGGCCUUAGUAGAAGUAAAACCAAGUCCUGAUUUACGUAUUAUUCAAGUUGGAUUAGAAGGACGUGUAUCAGCAUAUGCACCAGAAGUAUCUAUAAAUAAAGCUGUCCAAUCAUUAGCUUAUUUAGAAGCUGGUACUUCUCGUUAUAUUUAUAUGCCAGUCUCGCCGAAACUACCUGGGAAUACUUCAUUUACAAUAUGUGCAUAUAGUUUUAUCGGUUCCAAUUGUGAAACACAUACAAUAUAUGUUCGUAUGAAUGGUGUAACAAAUUACUAUCAUACUGCAAGUUUCUUAGAUUUAACAAGUUCCAGUACAUUAUUUGUAAAUAAUUUCAAAAUUAUUGUUCCACAAAAAUUCACUAUACCAGAAAGACGUCUACAUCGUUUUGUACCUGGAUCACAGAAAGCUAUUCUUAGUGUAGUUGGUGACUUUAUCGGUCCAGCUUUAAGUGAAAAAUUUCAAUAUGCUGAUACACAAAAUAUUUUACGUCUACCUUUCGCAGCAGCAGAGAAUAUUUUCUUUGAAUUAGGCUACAAUAUGAAUUUGCUGCUUUAUUUACAUGGUGCUGGACACUUACCAUAUUCAGUAUUGGAAAAUGGAUUAAUUUAUUGUUCUGUUGUAUUACAAAAAGGAUUUUCAUAUUUUAAUCCGAAAAUUGGUGCAUUUUCUAAUUUUAGAGAUCGUUUAGAUGAAACUGAUCCACUAGUUACAGCCAUUGCAUUAUGGAGUUUACUAUUAACGAGGCAAACUCAAUGGAAUCGUUUAAUUUACGUAGAUGAUAAUACAUUUGUUAGUAUUAUUAAUUAUUUAAAACAAACACAACAAUUCAGUUCAUAUGAUAAUGAUAUAACUAAUCAAACAAUAGUUGAUAUUCGAUUAUCUGGUAGUUGGAAUAUUUCUAAUGUUAUAGAUAGACGAUUUUCUCCUAUAAUUAAUAAAACUAAAUGGCCUGAUUUAAUUGAUCAAGAAUGUCAUCGUCGAAUACCAUCAACAGCUAUGGUUAUUAUUGCAUUACGUUCAACUGAACGUACUUUGCCUAGUGGAGUUGGUGCAGAUAAAGCUGAAAGAAUUGUUUCUGAAGCUGUUAAAUUUCUUAGUCGACAUAUAUUAAAUGUUGAUGAUUUAUUUUCACAAAUGAUUGGUACAUAUGCUUUGAAAGUUGCUGUCGAUGCAACAUCACAACAUAAAAUAUCACAUGCAUUGAAACGAAUUGAAGCAUUUCGUCAAAAAGGUGAUUAUGUCUACUAUGCUAAUUAUAGAAUACCUCCACCAAAAUGGGAAUUAGAUCAAGCUGGUAGACGUAUUGAAAAUCCUCGUUUAGAAAUGCCUAAUGAUGGUUAUGGUGUUUUAUGUUCAAGUAUUUAUUUCUUGUUAAAACAUGAAUUAGGUGAAUGGUCAUUUCGUUCAUCUGAGGCAUUAGAUAUGGUUCAUUGGUUAGCUAGUGAACGAAAUCAUGUCGCUGGAUUUGCAAGUACUUUUGAUUCACUUUUCGCAAUGCAUGCAUUAAGAAAAUUUGCAUUGGCUGAUACAAAUCGUGCUUUAUAUAGAAUGGCUAUAGAUGAGAAAAUUUCUUCAAUGAGUACAUGGACAAAUCGUAUUUACAUAGAUACUCACAAUUAUUCAACUGUUACGCAUACAACGUUUCCAUCAGAUAAUGUAUGGGGUGAUAUUACAAUGAAAUUAGAAGGUACUGGACGUGUUCUAUUACAAUUAGAUGCAGAAGUCAAUGUAGAAUAUAAAGAAAUGCAAAAAAUGCCUAAAAAUCCAUUAGAUACAGAACAAGUAUAUAGAAGUUUUGAAAUUGAAUGUACACCUGGUUUUUUAAGUCGUAAUAAUUCUAUUAUGAUUAUGACUGCAUGUGGAAGAUGGGUUGGAACUACGGGUAUUGAACCAUUACCUCAAAGUGGGAUGGCUGUAUUUGAAAUUGGACUACCAACAGGUUUCAUAGUUUUAAAUGAUGAUCUAAGACGAUAUGUUAAUAGUCUUAUGGUUCCAAAUCUACGCUAUGCACGUGCCAAUUCUAGAUAUGUACAUUUCUUUUUUGAUACAAUUACACCGGAUAAAACAUGCGUACAGUUUACAGCUGAACGUUACUAUCCAGUGGCGAAUAUAACACAGCAGCACAGAUGCUCAGCUUACGAAUAUUAUGAACCAGGUCGUUAUAAUAAUUCAUUAUAUAAUGUUGUUUCAUUAUAUACAAAUAAUAUCUGUAAUGUAUGUGGUAGUUUCGCUUGUCCAUAUUGUCCUGAUUAUAAUUUAUCUAAGAAACGUAUUAAAUUAUCAAUGUCUAUGAUUUGUUUAAUGUUUUUAAUAAGAUGUAUAUUAUUCUAUAUAUUCAAUGUUUACAAUUGA